CCUGCACUUCUCAGAGCUCACUCCCCCUCCUGAGCCAGCACACAGAGGCGUGCAGUCUUCCUCUGCAGAGUGCGGACUCCGUUCGUCCAGAGAGGAGGGUUUAAACACGAAGUACAACCCGCAAUGGGCCGGGAGCCGAACCGCACACAGCAGAAGACGGUCGCUUGAAAUUGCAUUGCGUUGUGAAGGAUAUGCGGGAGAAACCCACGACGGUUUAGGUUGCAGCAGUGGCUUUUACCCACCGACGGUCGGAAGUACCUGAAUACCUGCAGUGAGAGAGAGAGAGAGAGAGAGAGAGAGAGAGACUACGACACGGGACGGGAGAAAGUUUCUCAAGCUCGGCUCAGACGCAGCGGUGAAACAAUGCUGCUGACCCCGACACAGUGCCUCUCAUCGGCCGCCCUGCUGGUGCUGCUGCUGGUGGUCGGCUGGUCCCACAGCAUUUCGCUGUCUCCUCAAGAUGCCAACCAGUUUCUGAGCAGACAGAGGAGAGCAAAUCAGGUUUUCGAGGAGACGAAGCAAGGACACUUGGAGAGGGAGUGUGUGGAGGAAAAGUGCUCCAAAGAGGAGGCCAGAGAAGUGUUUGAAAACGACCCUGAGACGGACUACUUCUAUCCCAAGUAUUUAGCCUGCAUGGACAAGUUUGGAGAUGCUGAAAAGAAGAAACAGGAUCUGAUUACAUGUGUUCACAAUAUUCCAGACCAAUGCUCUCCUUCUCCCUGUAACGCCAGAGGUACGGUGCGCUGCGAGGACAAAAAGGGGGACUUCCUCUGUCACUGUUUCACAGGCUGGGCAGGAGCCAGAUGUGAGAAAGAUGUCGACGAGUGCAGCAAGAAAAAUGGAGGGUGUGACCACGAGUGCAACAACACUAUGGGCAGUUACCGCUGCUCCUGUCACCAUGGCUACAUGCUGGUAGGACGCCACAUGUGUAACGAUGUGGACGAGUGUGAGGACCCAGGUGUGUGUGGAACAGCACGGUGUGACAAUAAGGAGGGCAGCUAUGAUUGCUUGUGUGAUGUCGGCCACGUCUACGACAAUGAAACCAAGAGCUGUGUUGAUGUGAAUGAGUGUGAUGCGGGUGUGUGUGCAGAGGAGUGUCUGAACACUCCGGGGGGUUUCCGUUGCUACUGUGAUGGUCGUCAGGGCAUGAAGCUGGGCCGGGACCUCAGGAGCUGUAAGAAUAUAACUCCCUGUAUGUCGCCGUCUCUGAAGAGGAACUCCCGUUCCCUCUACCUGGGCCGCAUGUUCAGCGGCGUGCCAGUGGUGAGGCUGCGUUUCCGCCGGAGGAUUCAAACUGGCUUUUCUGCAGAGUUUGACUUCCGCAGCUACGACCCUGAGGGAGUGAUCUUCUUCGCCGGAGGUCACCUAAACAGCUCCUGGAUUGUUCUGGCAAUGCACCAUGGGAAGCUGGAACUACAGCUUAAAUACGGCACAAUCAGUAGGGUCACCAGCAGCGGACCUUUUGUUAAUGACGGCCGGUGGAGAAAGAUCUCGGUGGAGGAGCAGGGGCGGAGUCUUGUGCUAAAGAUUGACAAGGAGGCCGUCAUGAAGAUUGCAGUAAACGGUGAUCUGUUUACGCUCAAGAAAGGCAUGCACGAACUCAACCUCACCGUGGGAGGAGUCCCCUUCAGAGAGGACGGCCUAGUCAAUCAGGUGAAUCCCCGUCUGGAUGGCUGUAUGAAGGACUGGAGGUGGUUGACUGGCGAAGAUACGUCCAUACAAGAAACCGUCCGGACCAACGACAACAUGCAGUGUUUCAGCACCGAGGAUCCCGGAGCGUACUUCCCCGGCACAGGCUUCGCUCUCUUCAACAUCAGCUAUGAACCACAGAACCUGAGCGUACACUUGAACCUGCGUCCAACUUCUGCGAUCGGAGUGCUGUUUGCACUUGUUCACCAGGAAAGAGUCCCUCUCUCCAUCGCUCUGGCAGACUAUUAUCCCGGCACUGAUGAAUGGCGAGAUUUUGUUCUGGUAUCUGUAGGUGAUGUCAUCAUUGCCAGAUCUCCUGCCCCACUGUGUGACGGCGAGAGUCAUGUAAUCCAUGUGACAAUCUCAGGAAACCAAACCCAGCUGCUGGUCGAUGGCCAGUCUGGACGUAGUGAAGACACCGAAAUUCCUUUUGACGUCCUGUCACAGUCCAGCACCUUUAUAGGAGGCCUACCUGAUGUUUCUCUGGCGUCCACGCUGGUGUCGGCGCACUACAGCGGCUGUAUGGAGGUCAGUGUUAACGGACAGCUGCUGGACUUGGACCAGGCCAUCCACAAACACAACGACAUCCGCUCACACUCCUGCCCCCUGCUGGACUCUCACCAAUGACCAGCGCAAUAGUCUGCCAAAGCUGAUCCAUUAGCAGUUCAUUGAGGCAAUGGGGAUUUUUCCAAUAUACUGAUCUUUAACCAGGAGGGAGAUGUUUUGGAUUGGAAUGUUUAAAAAAAACAAAAGCUGGACCAGGCGUUGUGGUUCAGCUGGAGCCUUAGCCCAGGGUCACCCUGUCCUAUUACUGUGAUGACACUGCUGUCUAGAUGCAUUUGCAGGGAUUUUCACAGUAUUCUCAGUAAAAUAACUCAGUAAGGCAGUUAGUCAGCCAAUGAGCAAUGUCCCUGGUAAUAGGCAGAAGAUAUGGGAAUAAAUGCUGCACAACAUUGCCUCAAAAACUGCCCAUGAAUCACAGCCUCUGAAGCCCACAAGAACACGCAGGGCCUUAUCUAGAUCAAUGUCCGAUGGUUGGUCUUGGGUCAGCCUACUAUGCCUGGCAUCCUGUGCUUUAAAUCCAGAUCUGACUGGGACUUUGUAGGCUGUGACUCUUCGCUGCAGCAACUGAGCUGAUAGAGCUGUGGUCAUGUUGCUUACAUCCAGUCCCCCUAAGGCCCACGUCGCUUGAAAUAAUCAGGUGUUCAUGUAGAAUCUGAAAAAAUGAAAAAAAUGGGGACCAGAAAUACAGUCCUUCAUCAGCUACCCUACUCAGAGAAAAUGUGUGACUAGGUGCUCAGAUCUUCGUGAGUGUCUGGCGCAUAAUGACUUUAGGGGGUUGAUCGGGGACUAAAUAGAUGUUAUUUGCUCCUAACAAGCUGAAUCCCCUCCGUCACCACAACAGGGGUGGCGUGGUAUUAGGCACAACUUUGUGUUCCGUAGAAAAACCUUGCACAUUGUUGCAGGUAGCAAUGGACUGCGUUUGAAGCCAUUUUAUUGAUUUCCUCUCGACUAAAGCAGCACUCCAUGUCUGCCUGCAACCUUAAAAAUCAACCAUGUGCCUACAAAGACAACCAACCCAAACUUCACGACAGCUUCCCUCCUAACAGUUGAAUCAUUUCACAAAGGUGCAGUACUGUAACACACAAACAGAGCUAAAGCUUCUCCUAACAAAAUGUUGUACUCAUUGCAGUUAAUACACUAUGCAUUACCACUUAUGCAUUUUGGAGUAUAACAGUCUUUUAAAGACACCUUGAUUCUCAAUAAUCUUCCAUCACUAACUUCAUCACAAAGGCCCCUUCAUUCCCUCAGAAUCACCCACUCACAUUUAAUACCUGCCAAAUACCGAUCUGAGGAUGAUAUAUUAGUCUCAGAAGCACAGGGAGACAGGAAGGGGCCCUUACAAUGAAGGAGAGAGAGUGAGCACUGCAUCAAACGCACCACACAAGCUACUGAGAGAAAAAAAGAGUGCGCUGUAAUAUACUGAAAAUGUAAAUAAUGUGACUGUACAAUGCUUUGUAGAAGACAGAAAACAAAAACACUACCUUCUUCUCACUGAGUUUUCCUGCACAUUUAAGUUAUAACAGAACAAUAAUCUGAGUCUACGAACUUCAUCUGCUUCCUGCAAAUGGGGAUCAAAGUAUCAUACAUCUUUAGGGACCCUUUUUUAAAAUUUGAUUUUAUAGGUGCUGAGCAAAUCAAAACACAAUAAAAACAAAGAAUGUCAGGAGCAUUGGGACUGCGAAUGCCAAAAGAGCUCCAGUGUUAUUUUACUACCCUCUGUAAUGUAUAAUUUUCAAGUUUUCUGAUGAAUGAAUGCCAGAUUAUAGAGCUUGAUGAGUUAUUAUUUUGUUUUUUUAUCAUGUGUUGUAUAUUGUACUUGUCUUUAGUUUUCAUUUUUCACUUUAACUGCCAAUAUGUGUACAAUGCUGAGAGGAGUCUGCCUUUUGAGUUUUAACUUCCCUCAACAGUGAAAAUCCUAUUUAAAAACAAAAAUAAAAGCAGUUGUAUGAACAUUAAAGAGUAAAAUUGUAUUUUCAAAAAUG